AUUCAGUUGCUGGCGAUGUUCAUUUCAAUCGGUAUGCUUUGCAAUAUAAGUCGAAGGUCUCCUCCCAGUUCAGAUGAAGUUUCUCCUCCUCUUCAAACUUAAGUAAAAUAAAUCCUGUACCAAAUUUUAUCAAAGCAUUCCAAGAUGUAUGGAGCACGCACAUCUAGUCGACACUUCAGACCAAAUCCUCGAUAUCCAAGAGACACACGCGCUCGACUUCGUAGGCCUCAAUGGCAUGGUAAGGGAUAUCGUGAAGGUGGAGAUAAAUUGUUCUUUCAAUUACAUCGAUCCUGUUCUUAUGGUCGUGGAUUCAGUCGCUACUUUGAGUCGUAUGAGACAGCAAACAUGCAUGAUCUCCUCGGUGGUCUUGAGAAUGAAGUAUCAAGGGAUUACAAAUUGCCGGAGAAUUUACACUUCGAGUUUUUUCUUCGCAGAACACAGAUCAUAGGUGAAGAUGCAUUGGUCGGAAGCGUGUUUGAUGGGGGAGAAACAGUGUAUGCUAAGGCGUUUGACGACGAAGGCAUUCAAUUCGUCUUCUUUAGUGGACCUUUUGGCGACGUAUGGCAAGCGAAGGAAAGAAGGGGUAGACGAUGAGAGUCAAUGUCGAGCUGGUGAGCUGAAUGGAGUCGACCGUAACGAGAUGGUGUUAGGGUGAGUCAGAGUCGAAAUCCUAAAAAUUUCAACUCGCAGUUUGUAAUUUGUAAGUCGAGCAAGCUUUGAGUUUGUGUUCAUUCAUCCCAGCUGAGUUUGAACAUCAUGAAACCGACCAAAAUUCUUGGUUAACAAAAACAUACGGAUCUCAUGACAUACCCCUCUUUCCCCCACCUCUUUUCGCUUCCUGAAUAGACUACUGAUUUGAUCGAUCCUUUAAAUUCAAUUGAAACACUCGCGUGGAUUACGAAGUUGUAAAUAUUCUUGCCAGAAAAUCAAG